CCUUUCACUCCUCGACAACAACAAUAACACUUAAACACGACAUGUCUGCAGUGUAAGGGCAGCAGCUUCGGCUGCUCCUCUCUCCGUUUCCUCUUCAUGACGGCACUUUCAACCAGCUACGAGACAGCCCAACAUGGCACCGCACAGGACACCGCGAAACAAAAAGCAGCAAAAUGUAUUUUCCCCUAAUGGAACUAAUGGCCCCGGUCCAGCAAGUCCGACUCAAGACGCCCUGCCCAUGCGCCCCUCAUUGGUCUCUCAGCACUCGGAGACUUAUGAGGCAGCACAGGAGGACGAGCGGGAAGUUCUGAAGGCCGUGUUCAUGGAAGACUACGAAGAGUCAGAACCGAAAAAAGCAUGGGGCAAAUCUGCAGAUCGAGAGAUACGACUGAAAUUGAAGUCGUUCUCCAACGAAGCCAUUUCUGUCAUAAUGUGUGCCAAACUCACAGUGACUUACCCGAAAUCGCUUCCCACCAUCACUCUGGAAGGAACUACCAAGCUCCGCAAACGUACCCAGGAGAGGCUACAGCACAUACUAAAGACCAAACCUGCUGAAUUGGUAGGAGAAGUCAUGCUCCAUGAGAUCGCCACUGAAGUUCAGGAUGCACUGGAGGAUGAGGUUGCAGUGCGUGAAACAGAUGGUGCUUUCGAAAACCUGGGCGCUGAGCGUGCUGUGCAAGAGGCAGCAGCUGUCGAGCUCGCUAAGCAACAUGAAGAAGACCUUCAGAAAAAGCGCGAUGAAGCCAAAGCCGAAGAAGAGCGCACGUUGCAGCAAAUGGUUAGCGACGAAAUGCGACGCAAGGAUCUGAUGGCCAAACGCAAGAGCCACAGGACGUCAGUCAUCACACCAACAUCAUAUUUCCAGACUGCCAACAGCGCCAAUUAUGUAUCGUUCGACAGAAUUAUAUCGUUACAGUUGGAAGACGCUGUCAUCGAGUGCAGCGCUGUGGAAGGCAUGCUACCUUUCCGCAAAGGUCCUGUGACUGAGGAGCUACUGGUAAAACCGAUUGGGAUAACAGCAAAUAUAACACUCGUUCUCAAGCGUGUUCAGAUCGGCGAUAAAGACGCUUCUAGGAUUCAACAGUUGAAAAAAGCGAUCAUGGAAUUUGAGGCGGAAAUGGAGGAAGCAAAGCGUUUGCGGCAAUCCGCUGUUCUCAGUGUGUUCGACUUCAAGAUUGAGCAUCUUCCCGAGUCUGGUUGGGAGAUCAACAUUCUGAUGGAACACGCCAAUAAAGGGUCGAUAGGGGAUAAGAUCGAAGACGAUGGGCAGAUCCCGGUUGCACGAGUGCGCUCCUGGACAAUCGAGCUUUUGGAAGCCCUCGAUUACCUCCACCGCAACGGCAUCGUACACAAGCGCGUAUUCCCGCACAACAUCCUGCUCAACAAAUCUUCGGAUGGAACUGUCUCUGUCAAACUGGCAGAUGCAGCAUUCCAGGAGAGUCUGCACAGUUUGAGAGACUUGUAUCGAGGCGAACGGGCCUUCACAUCCUCUUGGUCUGCCUUCUGGGUUCCUGCCGAGCUUGGUCAGGAUUCUAAGAGGACCCGCAAGACCGACGUAUGGGACCUAGGUGUGGUGUUCCUACAGAUGUUGUUUGGGCUGGAAGUACCACACAAGUACAACUCACCGAAAGAUCUGUCAGACGCGUUGAACUGCUCCGAACCUCUCCAGGAAAUGAUGCGAAAGUUCUUCAAGCCUGAUCCACGGAAACGACCUUCAGCAUUCGACCUCAUACCCUGCGAGUUCCUGCGAAAUGACGUACCAGUAUACGAUCGACCUCCAACACCGAUGCGCUCUCGACAUUCGUCCUCGUCUCUAGGCCAUUAUCGGCUUCGUCGCGAGUCCUCCGCUGGUGUCGGGCCAUCCUAUUCUCGUUAUGCUGAGGACUGGGUUGAGCAAGGACGUUUAGGCAAGGGAGGAUAUGGCGAAGUUGUCAAGGCGCGUAACAAAGUAGAUGGCCGUAUCUACGCUAUCAAAAAGAUCAAGCAAAAGUCCGCCUCAGCAUUGACCGAGGUUCUUUCCGAAGUCAUGCUGUUGUCACGACUCAAUCACCCCUGCGUCGUCCGUUACUAUACAGCUUGGCCAGAAGAAGAUACCGGCGCCGUUUCCGAGCUAUCUGACGAUGAUUCUGCAUUCGACUCGGACGAACCUGACUCUGACUCCAACGUAUCUCCUGGCGGGACUCACAGCGUCACCUACAGCCGAAGUACAGGGCUGGACUUCAUUAGCUCCAACGACUACAAGAUCGAGUUCGGUUCUGAGGCUGGUUCGGACGACGAAGAUGAUGGGGCUGUUGUCUUUGGCUCAGAUUCUGAAGACGGCACGGGGACUGCAAGUGCCGGCCCUCGUUCGCCCUUGGUCCGGAGACGAACUGCAUCUGGCACGUUUGCGACAAGACCAGCUAGGUCUAUCCUGUACAUCCAGAUGGAGUUCUGCGAGAAGCAAACCCUGCGCGAUCUCAUUCGCAGAGGUCUCUACGAUGAUCCAGAAGAGUACUGGAGGCUUUUCCGACAGAUCUUAGAAGGGCUUGCUCAUAUCCAUGGCCAUGGUAUCAUUCAUCGCGAUCUGAAGCCUGACAACAUCUUCAUCGACAUGGCUAAAGUGCCCAAGAUCGGUGAUUUUGGUUUGGCCACAAGUGGUCAGUACCAAAGGCCUGACAGCAAGAUGUCGAACGGCAACCCCGAUGUGGGUGGUGACAUGACACGCAGUGUUGGAACGGCUCUAUACGUGGCUCCCGAGCUAAGUUCGACUGUCGCAGGCAACUACAACGACAGAGUAGAUAUGUAUUCCAUGGGCAUCAUCUUCUUCGAAAUGUGCUAUCCACUGGGCACAGCUAUGGAACGAGACAAAGAGAUCCGCAUAUUGCGCGAGCGCAAACACGCUUUGCCUGCCGAGUUCGACACUCCUCAAAAAUCGUUGCAGGGCAGCAUCAUCAUGUCUUUGAUCAGUCAUCGGCCGUCCGAGCGUCCGAACUGUGCUGAGCUACUAAGGACUGGCAAAGUACCUGUACAGAUUGAGGAUGAAGCUGUUAAAGAAGCACUGAAGGCUCUCUCUGACCGCAACUCGCCGCACUACGCGAAAAUGAUGACUGCUCUGUUCUCGCAGAAGCCCGACACCCAAGCGAAAGAUUACACAUGGGACAUGGGUAUUGCUGCUCAGAACAUGAAAGCGAACGACGUGCUUCUCCAGAACCUGGUCAAAGACAGGCUAGCUAUGAUCUUUCGAAGCCAUGGUGCCGUGGAAGUUCAGCGCCAAUUGCUUUUGCCCUGGUCAGACCACUAUGCGGACAAUAACGUUGUCAAGCUCUUCGAUCCCUCGGGUACAUUGGUACAGCUGCCUUACGACUUCACUUUACCUCAUGCUCGCAGCAUUGGCAGGGGUGCUCCCUUCUUGGAGAAGACUUUCACCGUGGGGCAUGUGUAUCGAGACACGUACACGGGUGGUGCACCGUUGAGUAGCGGCGAGGCUGACUUCGACAUUCUCUCAUACGACACCCUUGACCUUGCGCUGAAAGAGGCUCAAGUACUGAAAGUAGUCGACGAGAUCAUUGACGAAUUCCCUUCCCUACGGUCGACGCAAAUGUGCUUCCACAUCAACCACUCGAAUUUGUUGGAGAUCGUCUUGGACUUCUGUAGGAUCAGUGUACCCCAGCGACCUGCAGUCAAGGCGGUUCUUAGCAAGCUAAAUAUUGGCAAGAACAACUGGCAGUCUGUACGCAACGAUCUCCGCUCUUCAGACAUCGGCAUCUCGUCUACAUCGCUUGACGAUUUGGCUCGGUUCGAUUGGAGAGACACACCCGAGAAAGCUUUCACGAAAUUACGACGCAUCUUCGAAGGCACCAAAUAUCACGACCGGACUCACGCCAUCUUCGCACAUCUCAGCUCUGUCGUCGGUUACAUGAAACUCUGGGGUGUGAAAAGGAAAGUCUACCUCAGUGCGCUCAGCAGCUUCAAUGAGAAGUUCUACUCAGGCGGUAUUCUCUUCCAAUGUCUCUUCGACACUAAACAGCGUCUUGUUCUUGCCGCUGGCGGUCGCUAUGACAAGCUCAUUGAGGAGUAUCGACCGAAGGGACCUGGUUACAACAGGACCGGCACUGGCUAUCAUGCGGUUGGCGUCAACAUAGGCUGGGACAGGCUAGUCAGCUCAAUGACGCGUUACUUAAAGAAGCCAGAGAAAGCCACUUUUCUGAAGAAACACGUUGAGGAAGAUACACCAGCGGUCUCUUGGAUGCCACGCCGCUGCGACUGCAUUGUCGCUAGUUUCGAUCCGAACGUUCUUCGAUCUUCGGGUGUCAAGAUGGUCUCUGAACUGAUCGCACACGGCUACAGUGCCGAACUUUCUGUCGACGCGCAUAACUUCGAGGACGUACUUCGCCACUAUCGCGAUGACCGUCACAGUUGGGUUAUCAUCAUCAAACACGGCGUUGCCCCUGAUAAGCCCGACCUCAAAGUCAAGUCGAUUGCGAAGAAAGAGGACACCGACCUGCGGUCCGCCGAUCUGCUCAAUUACCUCCGCAACGAAACACGCGACCGCGAGGCCCGAGAAGGUAAUGCUGCCCAUCGCCUGACCAAAGGCGCGCACAAUCCCGGCCCAGCAAGUCAGCCAUCGACGCGAGCAAACGUCGACGUGCUCAUCUCUCACCACCGCUCCAAGAAGAGCAACAAAUGGGCCAUCGUCGAAGCAGCCCAAUCUCGCUCUCACGAACUCCUCGAAUCAUUUCAAGACGCCCCCAUCGCAGCCAUCGAAACCAAGGACGAAGUCAUGAAUCUUGUACGUGAGACAAGGCUAAGCGAUCCGGAUACGUGGCGACACGUGAUACAGAAGCUGCCCAUUGUGGAGCGGAAGUAUCUGCAGGAGCUGCAUGAUUUGCUGCUGGGGUAUCGCGCCAGAUGGAGGGAGAUCAAGGGUGAAGAGAGCGAGAAGGGGAGUGGUGUGGGAGACGGGAAAGCCUUCGUGUACAACUUCAGGACUGGAGGUUGUCUAUUGUACGACCUCGAUAGCUGAAGGUCACGCUAGAAUAUACAAUACAGAACUAGGAUGCACAUGUCAAGUCUUGUUCCUGCCGCAAAGUUGUCGAACAUGAAGUUAGACUUCAAAGAGAUGAGUGAGAGUUCGGCACAAGUUGCGGAAUGGAAAAUCGAGUGUC